GCGGAUGAAGAGACCGGGGGUGCGGAGAGGAUGGAGAUCAGCACCGACUUGUCCCAGACCCCUCAGCGACUGGCAUCUCUAUCUGCCACUAUCUGCCAUCGCCAUGAGUAGAAGCAGCCUGAGGCCUGCGCCAGAUGCAGCUGUCCCAGAAUCGUGUGGGAUCAGCAAAUUGAUUUUUAUACUGCUUUCUUGCAUCAUUUGGCACAAUUGGUGCCAGAAAUUUAUUUUGCUGAAAUGGACCCAGACUCAGAAAAGCAGGAAGAGAGUGUACAAAUGUCAAUAUUCACUCCAUUGGAAUGGUACUUGUUUGGAGAAGAUCCAGAUAUUUGCUUAGAGAAAUUGAAGCAUAGUGGAGCAUUUCAACUCUGUGGAAAGGUUUUCAAAAGUGGAGAGACAACAUAUUCUUGUAGAGACUGUGCAAUUGAUCCAACAUGUGUACUCUGUAUGGACUGCUUCCAGAAGAGUGUUCAUAAAAAUCAUCGUUACAAGAUGCAUACUUCUACUGGAGGAGGGUUUUGUGACUGUGGAGACACAGAGGCAUGGAAAACUGGCCCUUUUUGUGUAAAUCAUGAACCUGGAAGAGCAGAUACUACAAAAGAGAAUCCACGUUGUCCGUUAAAUGAAGAGGUAAUUGCCCAAGCCAGGAAAAUAUUUCCUUCAGUGAUAAAAUACAUCGUAGAAAUGACUAUAUGGGAAGAGGAAAAAGAACUGCCUCCUGAACUCCAGAUAAGGGAGAAAAAUGAAAAAUACUAUUGUGUUCUUUUCAAUGAUGAACACCAUUCAUAUGACCAUGUUAUAUACAGCCUACAAAGAGCUCUUGACUGUGAACUCGCAGAGGCCCAGUUGCACACCACUGCCAUAGACAAAGAGGGUCGUCGGGCUGUUAAAGCAGGUGCUUAUGCUGCUUGCCAGGAAGCAAAGGAAGAUAUAAAGAGUCAUUCAGAAAAUGUCUCUCAACAUCCACUUCAUGUAGAAGUAUUACACUCUGAGGUUAUGGCUCAUCAGAAAUUUGCUUUGCGUCUUGGCUCCUGGAUGAACAAAAUUAUGAGCUAUUCAAGUGACUUUAGGCAGAUCUUUUGCCAAGCAUGCCUUAGAGAAGAACCUGGCUCUGAGAAUCCCUGUUUGAUAAGCAGGUUAAUGCUUUGGGAUGCAAAGCUUUAUAAAGGUGCCCGUAAGAUCCUUCACGAAUUGAUCUUCAGCAGUUUUUUUAUGGAGGUGGAAUACAAAAAACUCUUCGCUAUGGAAUUUGUGAAGUAUUAUAAACAGCUGCAGAAAGAAUAUAUCAGUGAUGAUCAUGACAGAAGUAUCUCUGUAACUGCCCUCUCAGUUCAGAUGUUUACUGUUCCUACUCUGGCUCGACAUCUUAUUGAAGAGCAGAAUGUUAUCUCUGUCAUUACUGAAACUCUGCUAGAAGUUUUACCUGAGUACUUGGACAGGAACAAUAAAUUCAACUUCCAGGGUUAUAGCCAAGACAAAUUGGGAAGAGUAUAUGCAGUAAUAUGUGACUUAAAGUAUAUUCUGAUCAGCAAGCCCACAAUAUGGACAGAAAAAUUAAGAAUGCAGUUCCUUGAAGGUUUUCGAUCUUUUUUGAAGAUUCUUACCUGUAUGCAGGGAAUGGAAGAAAUCAGAAGACAGGUUGGACAACACAUUGAAGUGGAUCCUGACUGGGAGGCUGCCAUUACUAUACAGAUGCAAUUGAAGAAUAUUCUACUCAUGUUCCAAGAAUGGUGUGCUUGUGAUGAAGAACUCUUACUUGUGGCUUAUAAAGAAUGUCAUAAAGCUGUAAUGAGGUGCAGUACAAGCUUCAUAUCUGGUAGCAAGACAGUAGUACAGUUGUGUGGUCAUACUUUGGAAACUAAGUCUUACAGAGUAUCUGAGGAUCUUGUAAGCAUACAUCUGCCACUUUCUAGGACUCUUGCUGGUCUUCAUGUGCGUUUGAGCAGGCUGGGUGCUGUUUCAAGACUGCAUGAAUUUGUGCCUUUUGAGGACUUUCAAGUAGAGGUGCUAGUGGAAUAUCCUUUGCGUUGUCUGGUAUUGGUUGCCCAGGUUGUUGCUGAGAUGUGGCGAAGAAAUGGGCUGUCUCUCAUUAGCCAGGUGUUUUACUACCAAGAUGUUAAGUGUAGAGAAGAAAUGUAUGAUAAAGAUAUCAUCAUGCUUCAGAUUGGUGCAUCUUUAAUGGAUCCCAACAAGUUCUUGUUACUGGUACUUCAGAGGUAUGAACUUGCUGAUGCUUUUAACAAGACCAUAUCCACAAAAGACCAGGAUUUGAUUAAACAGUAUAAUACAUUAAUAGAAGAAAUGCUUCAGGUCCUCAUCUAUAUUGUGGGAGAGCGUUAUGUACCUGGAGUGGGAAAUGUGACCAAAGAAGAGGUCACAAUGAGAGAAAUUAUUCACUUGCUUUGCAUUGAGCCCAUGCCACAUAGUGCCAUUGCCAAAAAUUUACCUGAAAAUGAAAACAACGAAACUGGCUUAGAGAAUGUCAUAAACAAAGUAGCCACAUUUAAGAAACCAGGUGUAUCAGGCCAUGGAGUUUAUGAACUGAAAGAUGAAUCAUUGAAAGACUUCAAUAUGUACUUUUAUCAUUACUCCAAAACACAGCAUAGCAAGGCUGAACAUAUGCAGAAGAAAAGGAGAAAACAAGAAAACAAAGAUGAAGCAUUGCCACCACCACCACCUCCUGAAUUCUGCCCUGCUUUCAGCAAAGUGGUUAACCUUCUCAACUGUGAUAUCAUGAUGUACAUUCUCAGGACCAUAUUCGAGCGGGCAAUAGACAUAGAUUCUAACUUGUGGACUGAAGGAAUGCUCCAAAUGGCAUUUCAUAUUCUGGCAUUAGGUUUAUUAGAAGAGAAGCAACAGCUUCAGAAAACUCCUGAAGAAGAAGUGACAUUCGACUUUUACCAUAAGGCUUCAAGAUUGGGAAGUUCAGCCAUGAAUGCUCAGAAUAUACAAAUGCUUUUAGAAAAACUCAAAGGAAUUCCCCAGAUAGAAGGCCAGAAGGACAUGAUAACAUGGAUACUCCAGAUGUUUGACACAGUGAAGCGAUUAAGAGAAAAAUCUUGUUUAAUUGUAGCAACUACAUCAGGAUUGGAAUCUAUUAAGAAUGAUGAGAUUACUCAUGAUAAAGAAAAAGCAGAACGAAAAAGAAAAGCUGAAGCUGCUAGGCUACAUCGUCAGAAGAUCAUGGCUCAGAUGUCUGCCUUACAGAAAAACUUCAUUGAAACUCACAAACUCAUGUAUGACAACACGUCAGAAAUGGCUGGGAAAGAAGACUCCAUUAUGGAGGAAGAGAGCACCCCAGCAGUCAGCAACUACUCUAGAAUUGCUUUGGGUCCUAAACGGGGUCCAUCUGUUACUGAAAAGGAGGUGCUGACAUGCAUCCUCUGUCAAGAAGAACAAGAGCUGAAAAUAGAAAAUAAUGCCAUGGUAUUAUCAGCCUGUGUCCAGAAAUCCACCACCUUAACCCAGCACAGGGGGAAACCCAUAGAACUCUCAGGGGAAACCUUGGACCCACUUUUUAUGGAUCCAGACUUGGCAUAUGGAACUUAUACAGGAAGCUGUGGUCAUGUAAUGCAUGCAGUGUGCUGGCAGAAGUACUUUGAAGCUGUACAGCUUAGCUCUCAGCAGCGCAUUCAUGUUGACCUUUUUGACUUGGAGAGUGGAGAAUAUCUUUGCCCUCUUUGCAAAUCUCUGUGCAAUUCUGUAAUCCCCAUUAUCCCUUUGCAACCUCAAAAGAUAAACAGUGAGAAUGCAGAAGCUCUUGCUCAACUUUUGACCUUGGCACGAUGGAUACAGACUGUUCUGGCCAGAAUAUCAGGUUAUAAUAUGAAACAUGCUAAAGGCGAAAACCCAACAAUUCCUGUCUUCUUUAAUCAAGGAAUGGGAGAUUCCACUUUUGAGUUUCACUCCAUCCUGAGUUUUGGAGUGCAGUCUUCGAUCAAAUAUUCUAAUAGCAUCAAGGAAAUGGUCAUUCUCUUUGCCACAACAAUUUAUAGAAUUGGACUGAAAGUGCCUCCUGAUGAGAUGGAUCCUCGAAUCCCAAUGAUGACUUGGAGCACAUGUGCUUUCACUAUCCAGGCAAUUGAAAACCUAUUGGGAGAUGAAGGAAAACCUCUGUUUGGAGCACUUCAAAAUAGGCAGCAUAAUGGUCUGAGAGCCUUAAUGCAGUUUGCAAUUGCACAGAGGAUUACCUGUCCUCAGAUCCUGAUACAGAAACAUCUGGUUCGUCUCUUAUCAGUUGUUCUUCCUAACCUAAAAUCAGAAGAUACACCAUGCCUUCUAUCUAUAGAUCUGUUUCAUGUUUUGGUAGGUGCUGUGUUAGCAUUCCCAUCUUUGUAUUGGGAUGACACUGUUGAUCUGCAGCCUUCAUCAAUUAGUUCUUCCUAUAACCACCUUUAUCUCUUCCAUUUGAUCACAAUGGCACACAUGCUUCAGAUACUUCUUACCAUAGACACAGGUCUCCCUCUUGCUCAGGUUCAAGAAGACAGUGAAGAGGCUCAUUCUGCAUCUUCUUUCUUUGCAGAAGUUUCUCAAUAUACAAGUGGCUGCAUUGGGUGUGGUAUUCCUGGCUGGUAUUUGUGGGUUUCAUUGAAGAAUGGCAUCACCCCUUACCUUCGCUGUGCUGCGCUGUUUUUCCACUAUUUACUUGGGGUAACUCCACCUGAAGAACUGCUAACCAAUUCUGCAGAGGAAGAGUACAAUGCACUCUGUAGCUAUCUAUCUUUACCUACAAAUUUGUUCCUGCUUUUCCAGGAAUAUUGGGAUACUGUAAGGCCCUUGCUCCAGAGGUGGUGUGCAGAUCCUGCUUUACUAAACUGUUUGAAGCAAAAAAGCACUGUGGUCAGGUAUCCUAGAAAAAGAAAUAGUUUGAUAGACCUUCCUGAUGACUAUAGUUGCCUCUUAAAUCAAGCUUCUCAUUUCAGGUGCCCACGGUCCGCAGAUGAUGAACGAAAGCAUCCAGUCCUCUGUCUUUUCUGUGGGGCCAUACUAUGUUCUCAGAACAUUUGCUGCCAAGAAAUUGUAAAUGGGGAAGAAGUUGGAGCUUGCAUUUUUCAUGCACUUCACUGUGGAGCAGGAGUCUGCAUUUUCCUAAAAAUCAGAGAAUGCAGAGUGGUCCUGGUUGAAGGUAAAGCCAGAGGUUGUGCCUAUCCAGCUCCUUACUUGGAUGAAUAUGGAGAAACAGACCCUGGCCUGAAGAGGGGCAACCCCCUUCAUUUAUCUCGUGAGCGGUAUCGGAAACUCCAUUUGGUCUGGCAGCAACACUGCAUUAUAGAAGAGAUUGCUAGGAGCCAGGAAACUAAUCAGAUGUUAUUUGGAUUCAACUGGCAGUUACUAUGAGCUCCAACUCCGCCUCAAGACAAUCAUGAAUGACGACAGUAAUAAAGACCGAUUCAAAAUUAUGGAGACCUUUCUGAGGGCUGGGGAAGUGCUGGAGGGUCUUUUACUCCAUGUCCACAUUCACGUACAUCAGUAAAAUAUUCCUUAAUAGAGUAUUGCUUUCAAUUAGCAAACAUAUGCUUCAAAGGAAAAAAAGGACAUAUAUUACUGAUCUGUUUUAUGUUCUAGAACACUAAAGAAAUGUUUGUUCACCCCAAGUGUCAGAUUCUACUAAUAUUUCCAGGAAACUAAUUCCCCUUCACAAUCUGUCCCAUUUCAUUUCACUUCGUUCACCUUGUAAAUGAAGUCACAUCAAGCAAUUGUGGACAUUUUUACAUGUUCUGCAAUUUUUUUUUUUUUUUUUAAUUGACGGCUGGCCUAUAAGGAAUUCCAAACCCUUGACCUUGGUCUUCUGCAAUUUUGUAUUUGAUGUUUUCUACCCAAGUUUAGUUCAGCUAACAUCAAAUCAUUGACAAGAUUCUAAUAAUCUGUGAUAGCCCUCCGUGCAGCUAAAGAGGAAUUGCAGAAACCAUGCAGUAUACUUCAGUUGAGAAAGAUUUCAAAAAAGUAAAUAUUUUAUUUAUCUUUUAAGGAAACACCCUUAAUGUUCCACCUGCUGCUUUAGCCACAGAUUAAACUAAAUCUCUGUGUGAACAGCAUGCAAUUUUUACCAGUGUGGAAAAGCUUUUUUCCCACUGUAGAUAUCAAAAAGAGUUAGGAUCAUGUAUUCGUUAUUCAUUCCUGAUGGUACAGAAAGCCUGUAAUCCUCACCUCUGUCUACAAAUAGCUUUACUGAGUUUUGAAAUAAAAUUUUCCAUUUUCCGAAGGCAAGUUUCUAUAAUGAGAUCACUUGGAUCUUGAUUGUGGCACCAUUAUUUGACUCUCAGAAACCUGUGGCAGUUCUGAUGUAAACUAUUUGUAGAAUGAGGAUAAGAAAAUUCUCCCGAUGAAUAGAGCAUGACUGUUGUAAAUUAAAACAAUCAGUUUUAAGCCGGUUCUACAACCUUCUAUGUCUUUGUAAAAGACAAAUCCUUGACGUUAUCUGUGUGCAACCUUUUCAUAAACUCUGGUUUUAUAACAGUAUAAACAACCAGAAAAGCCAUGUGAUCAACAGUGUGCGUCCUAUUAUAACAUGCUAUGGUUGAGCCUCUUGUUUAUAAAUAAUAGAGCUCUCCUGAAUCUGUGCAUAUACUUCUUGGUUCUUGGCUUUAACUUUUUAUAUCAAGAACUUGAGAUAUAAAACAGCAGACAGAAGAUAAAUUGAAACCUACACUUUAGCUUCUCUUGUCUCUGGGAUAACGUUAGGAGUUUGAAAGAUGCAUUCAAAGACUGUAUCAUAUUUUGCCUUUGGCUACUAUUGUCUUAUAGAUGUGUGUAAAUGUUUUCCUACCUUUUUGUUCAGCAGAGGCAAGCAGGUAAAAAUACAUUUGCUAAGUGAUUAAUGGUGCACAUUUGGGACUAGAUUUCUUGGUAUUUCUAUAUAAAGAAAAGUGGAUUUUGUAGUAAAGGAUUGGCAUGAGCAGGCAUCAUAAUCACAUUCAUGAUUUUCUACUUGAAUUAUUACUAUUGAGAAGUUAUCAGGAAUAGAUACAACUCUAGCGAACAAUUUGUAAUUAAUGGGCAAAGAUCAGGAAACUCAGUAUUCAGUUUGUCAGAUUUGCCAGUAUGGUUAAAUGAAUUGAACUUUUCCCUUUGUUUCUUAUUUAAUUUUGUGGAAUGGAUUGUUUGGCUGGAAGUCUGGGCUAGAAUAGUCAACAGAAGAUGCUGACUUCUGCCCUGAGUGGUCCCAGCUUAGCAAAGAUAAACUGACUUUAUUUCUAGUCUUUUUAUACUCACUUGAUAAAUCCUGGAAUUAAGCUCUCCAGCUGCCAGAAGGACUAGGUGGCAAUGGCCAGCCAGAGCUUUACUGCCAAAGAACCCCCUUCAUAUUGAGUUCUGCUUGCUGAGAUUGAUUCAGAUCUCUGCACUGUAGAUGAACAUAUGUCUCAGUGCUGCCCCCAGCCCAAGGGAUUUUUAAUUAUAUUUUAAUGUCCUAGUGGUUUGCCUUCAUCAUUGCAAACAAUUUAAUCAUGCUUAUGAAGUUUACUUACAAACAAGCAACUGAGUCACUUUAUUUUCUUUAGUAUAGUACGUGAAGGAACUGGAUCAACAGAUGGCUCCAAAACUGUGUUUUUCUAAUGUUUGUUGAGGGGCUGGCAAGAACUUUAAUGAUACAGUGAAGAAAAACAUAUCUGUAUAAUUAAUUUAUUAUGUUGGUGUAUGGGCUGUGAGUUCACCUUUCAGUGGUCAUUUGUCAUUUCAUAACAACUAUGCAUUUUGGUUCACUGUGAUCUAUAUUUAGUGACUGCAACAUGUUUAUACCACUGAUUCAAAUUCCAUCCAUGAUGAAAUUAUACAAAU